GGUCCAAGCCAGAGGAACAAGCCAUAACGAGGGUCAGCAGUCGAGGGUAGACAGGUAUCCCGCAGGGCGCCGCCGCACGCCGCCGUCGGUAGUCGCCCAUGCCCAUCCCCCAGCCCAUUCCAUCGCCGACCAUAAAAUCCAAUCCAGUCGAAUCCAAGCCAAUCCAAGCCAAUCCAAUCCGUCCGUACACUCCCCAAAUCCAAGUUGGGUUCAUAGCCAUUCCCUGUCCAUCUAUUCGCCUACCCUGUCCCGUUCUGUCUUUGCCCUUUCCUGUCUCGCCUUGCCCUUCUUUUUCUUCGAAUCUAACCGUUUACCGUACUGGAUCGAACUCGACUGGACCGGAUCGAACUGGACGGGACUGGACUGGACUAUCCUGAUAAUUGAGGGAAACAAGCUGUACCUACCGUUACCGUUCUUGUCGUCCGCCUUCUCUUCUUCUCUCUUUCUAUUGCUCUCUUUGCCCUUUGUGCCUUUCU